AGAAAAGGUGAAAAUUGUAUUACACCGUCCAGUUUUUUCCCUGAACGAUGAUGUGAGCUCCUGUUGCAAUUUUCGAUUCAGCUUAAAUGACCUACAAUGGUGACAUUUUUCACAAUCACGACAGAAAAUCAAAAUACUGCCCUAACAUCACUAGCAGAAAGGCAGCAUGAUAUAAACAAACUAGACUAGAACUGAACAUGGCGUGACGGCAGCUUCACAUUCUCUAAAUCUACCUCCUCUAUGGCAGUCAAGUCUUUCAAUUCAGUAGAAAAGUCGCUCCUUUUCAUAACACAAGGAUCACGUCCAACAUAAGUUGUGUUUUUCUGUUUAUACCUUUCUAAACCAGCACAGUACGGACUUUUCUCCAUCUCUUCCAUUCUAAUUUUCACUGCUUGCCCUCCACCUGAAUUUCGCAUGUCACUAGAACCACGUGAUUGCAAACAACCUAUUGUGCGAAAACAACAUGAAUUGUGUUAAUGGUAUGAUCACAACAGAUGGAUGAGGCGCUAAUUGUGUUUAGAGUUUUGAAAAUGUGACUACAGAUUGGACAAAAGGAUGUUAGCAAUUGUAAAAAACUGUAACAAACUACUUCCAAACAGUUCAGUUUACUGAGAACACAGAUUUCAGAAUAAAAAACUGCUAAGAGUUAGUGUGUUUGUUGACGUCUGACUGUCACUGACAUUUGAAAAUCAAUUUAACUUCCUUUAUUUCAGAGAAAGGAAGUGAAAGAAAUUUCAGAGCUGCUGUUCAACACGACAGUUCGGAAGAGAAGAAAGAAAAGUCUACAAAUAUUGUUUGAGCAGUGAGUCAGUGAAGGAUGAUGGCAUCUGUUGAUCAGCAUUGUGACACACUAGAUGAGAUGGAAGAAGACAAGCUGAAACACAAGGAAGUCCAGAUGAGCAGCAGCGCUCACCCUGGAGUCAGUGUUGAUCUGAAUGCUCAGACGGGAGCAACUGUAAAUGCUCCUGUACUCGCUGGAAACACCAUCACAGGCCCAGUGACCUUCAUCAUGAACCCUGCAGGAAACGAGCCACAAAAUAUUACAGAGACAGCAGAGAAACACAGAGAAGAGCAAGAGGAUUUGAUUCUGCAAAAAUUCUUGGGAACUCACAAAACAGACAUGAAGAAGAGAGCACAGUGUAUUUUUGAAGGCAAGAAAGAAAAUGAAGCACAUCUCAAGGCUGUUUACACAAAACUGUUCAUCACAGAGGGAGAUAUGAAAGAUGUCAAUCAGGAACAUGAGAUUCUGAAGAUUGAUGAUGCUUUCAAGAACAAAAAAACACAGGACAAACCAAUCAAAUGCAAUGAUAUAUUUACUGAACUGCGGAAAAACAAUGAGGAAAAGAUUGUGCUGACCAAGGGAGUCGCUGGCAUUGGAAAAACUGUCUCUGUGAACAAGUUCAUCCUGGACUGGGCAGAGGAAACAGCCAAUCAGGAUAUACAAUGUGUGUUCCUGCUUUCAUUCCGAGAAAUUAACAGCAUUAAAGACAGAGAGUUCAAUCUCCAUGAGUUUCUGCUGAAAUUUUAUCCUCAAUUGAAGGACCUGGAAAAAUCAAAGUUAUAUAAGAAAUGCAAACUUGUGUUUAUAUUUGAUGGACUUGAUGAGAGUCGCCUGCAUUUGAAUUUUGAAAGCGGAAUAUUGAACAAUGUUGAGGAAAGAUCAUCUGCAGAUGUGCUGUUCACAAGUCUGGUCAAGGGGAUUCUGCUUCCAUCAGCUCUCGUCUGGGUGACCUCACGACCAGCAGCAGCCAAUCAGAUCCCUCCUCAGUAUGUGGGUUUGUCCACAGAGGUGCAAGGAUUCACUGACCAACAGAAGGAAGAGUACUUCAGAAAGAGAAUCACAGAUGAGACUCAGGCCUCCAGAAUCAUCUCUCACAUUAAGAUGUCUCGUAGUCUCUACAUCAUGUGCCACAUUCCUGUGUUCUGCUGGAUCACUGCCACAGUACUUCAGAAUAUUCUUAAGAACAAUACUAAGAACAUCAGCACAACACUUACUGAAAUGUACAUUCAUUUCCUGCUGAUACAGAUGAAUAUGAAGAGCCAGAAAUAUGACAGAAAAACAGUGAGACAACGUACAAAGCUCUUACAGUCAAAUAAAGAAAUGAUUUUGAAGUUAGCCAAGCUAGCGUUUGAACAGUUGAAGGAGGAAAACAUUGUGUUCUAUGAGGAAGAUCUGGAAGCAUGUGGUAUUGACAUGAGUGAAGACACCGAGUUCACAGGAAUGAUCGCUGAGAUCUUUAAGCAGGAAGAUGGACUUCAUGAAGAAAAGGUCUUCUGCUUUGUGCAUCUGAGUGUUCAAGAGUUUCUCGCUGCAGUGCAUGUGUUCCUCUGUUACCUGAACAAGAACAUGCAGGAGCUUCAAUUUUUCUUUGAGAAGCCAAAAGAAAACUUCACAUUACAGGAGCUACUAAAGAAGGCUGUUGAUAUAGCAAUGCAGAGUGAGAGAGGACAUCUGGACCUGUUCCUGCGGUUUCUGAUGGGCAUUUCACUGGAAUCUAGUCAAAACCUGCUCAAAGGCCUGAUCUCACACACUGAAGACACCAAAGAGAGCAUCACACAAACAACUAAAUAUAUUAAACAAGUACAAGAAUGGUACUCUACCUCAGAUGAAACUUCAGUCAACCUAUUCUACUGCUUACUUGAGCUGAAGGAUCAUUCAUUAUAUGAGGAACUCCAGAGAUACCUCAGUUCAGAUGAGCAUCCAGGAAGAGAACUCUCAUCUUCAAUGUGCACAGUGCUGACCUACAUACUGCUGAUGUCAGAGAAGGUGCUGGAUGAGUUCAACCCAAAGAGGUUCACGUCAUCUUCGAACUACAAGAGACUCGUUCCCGCUGUGAGAUGCUGCAGAAAAGCCCUAUUUGAUGGCUGUGGUCUUGACCAAACUUGCUAUGAAACUGUAUCUUCAGUUCUACAAUCAUCAAACUCCCAUCUGAGAGAGUUGGACCUGAGCAACAAUCACUUGAAGAAUUCAGGAGUGAAGCUGCUUUCUGAUGGACUGAACUGUAAACUGAACAUACUGAGGCUAUGUGGGUGUCAUCUCACUGGUCAGUCCUGUGAAAGUUUGUCUUCAGCUUUACAGUCAUCAAACUCUGUCCUGAGAGAACUGGACCUGAGUAACAAUGACCUGCAGAAUUCCGGAUUGAAGCUUCUUUCUGAUGGACUGAAGAGUCCAAACUGUAAUCUGCUGAUACUGAGCCUUACUCACUGUAAUCUCACUGAUCAGUCUUGUGAGAGUUUUUCAUCAGUUCUACAAUCCUCAAGCUCUGUCCUGAAACAGCUGGACCUGAGUAACAAUGACCUGCAGGAUUCUGGAGUGAAGCUUCUUUCUGAUGGACUGAAGAGUCCAAACUGUCAGCUGCAGAUACUGAGCCUUACUCGCUGUAAUCUCACUGUUCAGUCUUGUGAGAGUUUUUCAUCGGUUCUGCAGCACUCAAACUGUGUCCUGAGAGAACUGGACCUGAGUAACAAUGACCUGCACAAUUCUGGACUGAAGCUUCUUUCUGAUGGACUGAAGAGAAACUGUAAGCUGGACAUUUUGAGGUUGUCUGGCUGUAUGGUGACAGAGGAAGGCUUUCAUUAUGUGUCUUCAGCUCUGAGUUCAAACCCCUCACACCUGAGAGAGCUGGACCUGAGCUACAAUCACCCAGGAGACUUCGGAGUAAAGUGGCUCUCUAAUACACUCAACAAUCCAAACUACAGACUGGACAAACUCAAUGUGGAUCAUGGAGGAGAGUUCAGGAUUACAGCAGGACUGCACAAAUAUUCCCAUCAGCUCACUCUGGAUCUGAACACAGUGAACAAACGCCUCCAUCUGUCUGAGAGGAACACAGUGAUAACUGUCACUGACAGAGAGCGUCAGUCGUAUCCUGAUCAUCCAGACAGAUUUGAUCGUGUGUAUCAGGUGUUGUGUAGAGAGAGUGUGAGUGAUCAACGCUGUUACUGAGAGAUUGAGAGGAGUGGAUAUAAUGUGUAUACAUCAGUGUCAUAUAAGAGCAUCAGCAGGAAGGGAGAGGGUAAUGAGUGUCGGUUUGGAUCUAAUGAUCAGUCCUGGAGUUUGUACUGCUCUUCCUCCAGUUACUCAUUCAUACACAAUAACAUACGGACUGAUCUCCCUGUAAAGCCCAUCAGCAGUAGAAUAGGAGUGUAUGUGGAUCACAGUGCAGGAACGCUGUCCUUCUACAGCGUCUCUGGAGACACAAUGAGACUCAUUCACACAGUCCAGACCACAUUCACUCAACCGCUCUAUCCUGGGUUUAGGGUUAUGGUACUGGAUCAUCAGUGAAACUGUGUUGAUGAAUCAGAACAGACUGUAGAGAGAUUCUACCCAUAAUGCUUUGAGCUCAUGAUGAAUCAGUGACAGUGAGAUAUUAUAGUCUCUUCAUUACAUUAAUACUGUCACUGAAAUAUGUGUGUGUGAUAAAUCCUCAUAUAGAUCAGUGUGUGUUUUCAUGAUUUAGGAGGACACAAAUUUGUAUAAUGACGGGUAUUACACUGGUAUUGUAAACGUCCUCAUUUAAAAUAGCUUUAAAAACAUACUAAACAAUGUUUUAUUAAAAAUGUAAAAAUGCAGACGGUUUUCUGUGAUGGGUAGGGGUAGUGUAGGGGGAGACAAUGUACAGUUUGUACAGUAUAAAAACCAUUACGUCUAUGGAAUGUCCUCACUAAGAUAGCAAAACAAACGUGUGUGUGUCUGUGUGUGUGUGUGUGUGUGUGUGUGUCUGUUCUUUUCUCAGCCUCUACAAUAAAAACUGAUUUCCAUCAGAACAAGUAGUGUCACAUCAAUCUCUAUUAUUACUGUCAAAAUUACCUUUCAGUUGAAAAGUGUCUUUCACAAACAUGAUUCAAGAAGAACAUGUCAUUGUCAUAGUUUCUGUGAUCUGUGAGUCAUGAGGAAAUAUUUUAAUAAUGAUUUAUAUUGAUUCAAUAACUGUUUCAAACUCGGACAUCAUGCAGUGUGGCAGAUAAUAACAUAUGCGUCUUGACAAGAUCCUUCUGGAACAGACAAAAAGUGCCAAGAACGAAGAAAGUAGACUAUGUAUUUUUGUAACAUUUUCAAUUUCUUAUUUUUUCUCGUUAGAAAUUACCAAUGAUGACAUGUAACUUUCGGUUUGUGUUGGUACACAUCAAUAAUCAAAACGUUCUUAUGCAUGGUUUAAUGUACAUAAGAUAAACAUUCCUGUUCGGUAUUACAAGCUGUGUGACUCAGGCAGGCCUACUUUAAAAACAAUGGCCAUAGUCUACAAUUAGCUAAUUUUUAGAGAAUUAUUUAGGCUAUGUAUUUUUGUAUGUUUAUCUGCCUUCUUCACUCUAAAAAAUGCUGGAGUUGUUGAUUUGGGUCAAAAUGGACAACCGGGUUAAAAAUGUAAUUAAAAAUAUGUAAACCAAUGGUUGGGUUUUUCCAUAUUCGACCCCAAAUUUGGGUUUAAACAACCUAGAAUUGAUUAUUGUUGUUUAUCAUGCUGUAAUUUCGUAAGUAAAUUGCGCAUUUAGAAAAGCGAAUUUGGCUGUGUGUUAUAGUUUUUCUGACAGCUAGAUGGUGCCAGAGCAUUAUCAAAAAGCGUUAAUUUAGCUGUCAACAAAAAUUUGGUUUUAAUUUUACUUAAUUGUUUUUACUGCCAAUUUAACGUGUUUUAAUGGGUUUCCCUUUACAUAUUUUUAUGCGUUUUUCAUUACCUGCAGUUUGUUUCCUUGAUGUUUUAAUCCCAUUAGCUAUAGAAAACCGGCAGCACCUUGCAUAAACCAUUGUAAUUAUUGGUUCAAGCGAUAAUAAAGAUUAUAAAAAU